AUAUUCUACAUAUGAGUAAUGAUCAUGUCAGAUAGUUCUGACACGAACCACAAUCUGAACUUGUCUAUUUGAGGUGUUUCCAGGUUAAAUUUUUUGAUGCAUUUUUUUUACCAUGUCAUCAUGAAAGAAUUAUUUCCACAAAUUUUACAUUAAAAUUCAAUCUGCAAGUCAGUUAAAUAAAUUAUUGAACAUUGCUCCAAAAUGUAUAUAAGAAUCACAGUGUUUUUCAAUAAUUUAUUUAAUAGACUUCCUAGUCACAUUUUGAGCCCAAUUUUGUGAAAAUCUACCCUACAUGAACAACAGGGAAAAUUUAUCAAAUUUGUAGCAGCCGAAAGCUUCUUAAAUAAACAAUCCCGUGAUUGUGGACAACUAAUGGUAGCAGGUACGUUCUCAUUUGGUACUGAUACUCUAUCUGUUGUAACGUCAGGCAAUAAGACUGAAAUAAUGACGAAAUUAAUAUAGGGAAAGCUUUCCCAGCUAUAAAUGGCGGUAUAUAUAAUCAAAGGUCGGCCAAAAUUGGCUAUAUAUAUACCCAUCCAAAUUAACGAACUGUCCAUCUCCCACACGUCAAUUAUAUCGAUGGAAUCGCUAGAGAUAGAUGAGCCGUUGACCCCCGCCGGCCGGCUGUUUCUCCAACCGGAGAUGACCCAAAUUAUACACGCAGUCGCCGGCGUACAGAAUCCGUUCGACGUAGACGCCUUUAAAUCGGCUUUCGCGAACUCCCUGCUGGUCAAACACCCAAGAUUCAGUAGCCUGAUGGUCAAAGAUUCCAGCGGGCGCGAAAGCUGGCGGAAAACCGAAGUCAACAUCGACGACCACUUCGUCAUCCUCCGGGAGCCUCUCACCGGCGACCGGUCCGUUUCGGACGAGGACGCGGUCAACGAUUACCUCGCUGACCUCUCCGUCUCGACGCCGCUCCCCUCCGACAAGCCGCUGUGGGAAUUCCAUCUCCUUCUCGCCCAUAAAUGCGCCGUUUUCAGAAUUCACCACGCCCUCGGCGAUGGGACUUCAAUCAUGUCUCUGUUCCUCUCUUGCUGCCGGAAAACCAACAGUUCCAGCCAGCCGCCGUCAGUGGGUGGCGUCGGAGAGGGACGGCGGCGGAGAUGGGGCCUCAAGGAGGUGGCGAUGGCGGUGUGGUACACAGUGGUGUACGUCUUGGAGUUUCUACUGAGGAGUCUGUGGCUGAAGGAUAAGAAGACGGCUCUGAGCGGCGGCGCUGGGGUGGAGCUCUGGCCGCGGAAGUUGGCCACCGCUAAGCUUACUAUUAACGACAUGAAAACGGUUAAAAAAGCGGUUGCUGACGCGGUAAGUCGCUUUCCGACUUGUUAGCUUUCCAUUUGUUGACUUUAUUUUUUUUAGUAAUAAACGUCAUUGAUUUCUCUCCAAUGAUAUAAUGUGCACGGUGCACACGUGGCAUGAAAGAUAGCCACAUAAAUAUUAGUAAAUAAAUUCUUUCUCUCCUUAUUUUAAUGAUUUUAUACAGAUUUAGUAAGUUUUUCUCCACAAUGUCAAGAAGACCGACUAAAUGUUGACAUUGCAGUUGACAUUGCAGGGAAAAACUUAUCAAAAUUGUACAAAAUCAUUCAAAUAAGGACAACAAUAAUUUAUUUGCUAAUAUUUAUGUGGUUAUCACUCAUGCCACAUGUGCACCGUGCACAUUUUAGCAUUAGAGAUGCUCUUAUAGACAACACAACAAUAGAAGACAUACUGCCCUCUUCCAAGACUUGUGCCAAAUUUUAAGCAAAAAAACCAUUUAUAGACAAAAAAAAUACUUCCCUCCUUUGGAUACUCCCUCCCCCAAGAUAGUACGUGGCUAAAGUUAUUUUCCCCUUCCUUGUAUAAAUUUCUAACCACAUAAUAUUUAUUUUAUUAAUCUACUUGUAAGUCAACAUUGGCCAAGUUUUGUAGAGCGAAGAGAGUAGCAAUAUUAUUAAGGUUGAGUAUAAUCCCAUCCAGAUCGAAAAUCGACUAGUCGGUCCAGAUCGGACCCGGACCGGAUAGAUAUCGGACCGGUCUUUAAUCCAAGCCCCAAGGGCUUUACUGAUUUCAGUUUCAGUCCGAUCCGAUCCUGUCCAAAACCCAGAGUAUUCUGUUAUUGAUAGACUAGCAUUGAAUUAUUAUAUACGGAGUAUAUAAAUAAAUAAAGACACACACAUAGAGGUUCAAAUACAAAGUACUCCUCAUAUGAAAAAUGAGAAGUAAUCUUAGCCGUUCAUAUGAUAAAAUGAGUGGAUCAGAUCAAAUUUAAAGUGAAAUUUUUGUGCCAAAAGUGUAAAUAUUAAUUACUUUUUUGAAAAAAUAAUGUGAUACGUGUGUUGAUAUGCACUAAUUAGUAGUGCAUAUGUGUGUGUUUUUAUGUUUGAUUUGUGUGGAUUGUUUACCAUUUUAUUUAGUUUGUAAACAUUUGUGUGAUUUUAGUUGUAAUCGUAUUUUAGUUCUCAUUUGUAAGUUGUAAAGUAGAGUUAGGAUUUAUGGUGUUGGAAAGGAAGACUUUGAAGUGAAGAAAAAGGGAUUUUGACUGUCCAGGAGAAAAUACCCGACCGGGCAUAAGAUGUCACCCGGUCGGGUCUGAUUCAACAACUGAAAGUGCCUGGAAAGUGCACUCACCCGGUCGGGUCUUCUAUUCCACCCGGUCGGGUCUGACUUGACCCGGGACACUUUAACAUGCCAAAGAUCGCCAGAACGUGGAGGAUAUUUGAUUUUGACAUGCACCCGGUCGGGUGGGCUCUUUACCCGGUCGGGUACCCGGCCCAAGGUGUUGAAAAACACCUAUAAAUAGCACAUUUUUCCUUCACAAAUAAUGACUCCUUCUUCCAUACUCUUAAGCUCAACUUAGAAUAGUAUUUCUUUUUUUUUUUUUAGCAUGUUUAGUCUCCAAAUGAGGAGCUAAACUUCCAUUUCUUGGUGUUGCUCUUGAAGCUUGUUGAUUAUUAAAGUUGUGAGUUAUUUUCUUAACUUCUUUCCUUGAAUAUUAAUGCUUCUCUUAAAUACUAUUUCUAUAUCAAUGUUGGGGAGUGUUGCUAAGAUGACAAUUAGUUAACAUCUUGACAUUGGUCUUAGUAAUAGCUAUUCCUUCCUCUAUGUUAAUAUUGGGGAGUGUUACUAAGAUGACAAUUAGUUAACAUCUUGAUAUUAACUAUAGUAGGAUUUAUUUUCCUUAAUAUUCUUCCUUGAGUAUUAAUUAAUUCCUAUUCAUAUUUCAUAUUAAUAUUUUUGAACAUUACUUAAAGGAUCAACUAGUUUUGUUUCAAAUAUUAAUUAUUACUAGAAACGAUCAACGAACCGAUGGUUAAUCGUUGAUGGUUUCACAAGUAAGUAACUUCGGUUUAUUAAUGCACGGUCGUGGUUAGUAAACUUAAGAGGGAUUAAUUUUGUUGGUUAAACCGAAACCGUUGUGUUGAGGUUGUCAAUCUCAAUUGAUUUCAUCAAGGAGUUAAGAGAUUAAAUGCUACUAUCAAGUAGGUAUAUGGCGUUGUUCUAUACUUGACUAAUAGUAAGGGUUAUUAAUGAACGGUCGUUAUUAAUAACUUUCCUCGAUGAAUUGGAUAUACUCCUCGAUUGAGUAUUCGAGAGGAGAUAAGUUAUAGAUAUAACAAUGAUCGACUGAAAUAUAUCAACAAGUGGAAAGUAGCAAUGCCAAGUCCUUUUUAUCUUUGAUUUAAACCACGUAACUCGUUCAUCUUCGUAUUUAAUUUAAUUAAAUCACUCAAUCCCAAAACCCCCUUUUAUUUACUAGUUUAUAAAAAGAGAAUUAUUCCUUUCCCUGUGGAUACGAACUCUACUUCACUAUACUACGAAUUAGUGUUAGUAUUGAAUUUAUUUUGACGCACACACGACAAAGUGCACGUCAAAUUUGGCGCCGUUGCCGGGGAAAGGCAAUUAAUUUUUCUUUUUAUUUUAUUUAAAAAAAAAAAUAUUAUUUACAUAUAAAGAUUUCUAUUUCUUCAGAGCUUUAUAGUGUAUGGUUAAAUAUCGUUCUCUAAACGAGAUCACCUACCAAUCAAACCCAGAAAUAGAGCAAACUCUCGAGCGAUUGAAAAAUAAAUUCUCAAGUACCGACUCGGGAGAAUCAUCAAGUGCUAGUUCUCAUUCUAGCGAGCCCGAAGAGCCAACAACUAUGGCUCUUGAAACAAGAACAUUGAGGGAGCUCACGGCUCCUAACUUAAAUCAACAACCUCUAUGUAUCACCUUCCCCACUCUUGAUGAAGGUGCUACAUUUGAGCUCAAAUCGGGCCUUAUUCAUCUACUCCCUUCAUUUCAUGGCCUAAGGGGCGAGGAUGCAAACAAACAUCUUGCGGAGUUUCAUAUAGUUUGCACUAGUAUGAAACCAAAUAAUGUUACAGAAGAACAAAUCAAGCUGAGGGCCUUUCCAUUCUCACUGAAGGACACGGCUAAGGAUUGGCUAUUCUAUCUUCCCUCGGGAAGCAUAGAUACAUGGGCGGCAAUGAAGAAAUGCUUCCUAGAAAGGUACUACCCCGCCUCCAUCUCAUCAUCUUUGAAAAAACAAAUAAGCAACAUUAAUCAAAAAGAUGAUGAGACCUUAUAUGAAUAUUGGGAACGGUUCAAAAAGUUAUGUGCUAGCUGCCCUUAUCAUGGCUACACCGAGCAAGACCUCAUACUCUACUUUUAUGAUGGUCUUGUUGAUGAUGAUAGAAGAAUGGUGAAUGCCGCUUGUGGGGGCGGCAUUGUCAACAAAACUCCCUCACAAGCAACAAGCUUGAUCUCAGAGUUGGCCGAGAACUCUAGGCAUUACAACGGGCGGUCCUCAACCCGUAAAGUUGCCGCGGCGGAAUCAUCUUCAUCUUUAGAAAGUCAAAUGGCCGGCUUGACUUCUUUGGUUAAGGAUUUCCUUUUAAAUCCUAGAAACCAAGAGGUCAAGGUCUGCGGCAUAUGCACACAGCAAGGGCAUCCAACAGAUUCUUGCCCAACUCUCCAAGAAGAGCAAGUCAACGCCUUGGGUUUCCAAACCCAACAACAAAAGAGGUACGAUCCACACUCUAAUACUUACAACCCCGGGUGGAGAGAUCACCCUAAUUUAAGAUAUGGGAACCCUCAACCACAACAAAAUCAGUCCUUUCAACAAUCCUUCCCAAAUCAUCAAGGUCAAAGCUCCAACUCUAACAUGUCCACGGAGGACAUGAUUCGAGCUCUUGCUACAAACAUGGGCACUUUGCAACAAAAUGUUUUGCAAUUUCAACAAGAAACAAAGUCAAGCAUUCAAAAUUUGGAAACUCAAGUUAGCCCGUCAUUCUGCACCAUAUGUGAGUAUUCCAUAAAACUCCCAAAUUCUGCAGGAUCCUAAUUAGUAGUGCAUAUGUGUGUGUUUUUAUGUUUGAUUUGUGUGGAUUGUUUACCAUUUUAUUUAGUUUGUAAACAUUUGUGUGAUUUUAGUUGUAAUCGUAUUUUAGUUCUCAUUUGUAAGUUGUAAAGUAGAGUUAGGAUUUAUGGUGUUGGAAAGGAAGACUUUGAAGUGAAGAAAAAGGGAUUUUGACUGUCCAGGAGAAAAUACCCGACCGGGCAUAAGAUGUCACCCGGUCGGGUCUGAUUCAACAACUGAAAGUGCCUGGAAAGUGCACUCACCCGGUCGGGUCUUCUAUUCCACCCGGUCGGGUCUGACUUGACCCGGGACACUUUAACAUGCCAAAGAUCGCCAGAACGUGGAGGAUAUUUGAUUUUGACAUGCACCCGGUCGGGUGGGCUCUUUACCCGGUCGGGUACCCGGCCCAAGGUGUUGAAAAACACCUAUAAAUAGCACAUUUUUCCUUCACAAAUAAUGACUCCUUCUUCCAUACUCUUAAGCUCAACUUAGAAUAGUAUUUCUUUUAUUUUUUUUUUAGCAUGUUUAGUCUCCAAAUGAGGAGCUAAACUUCCAUUUCUUGGUGUUGCUCUUGAAGCUUGUUGAUUAUUAAAGUUGUGAGUUAUUUUCUUAACUUCUUUCCUUGAAUAUUAAUGCUUCUCUUAAAUACUAUUUCUAUAUCAAUGUUGGGGAGUGUUGCUAAGAUGACAAUUAGUUAACAUCUUGACAUUGGUCUUAGUAAUAGCUAUUCCUUCCUCUAUGUUAAUAUUGGGGAGUGUUACUAAGAUGACAAUUAGUUAACAUCUUGAUAUUAACUAUAGUAGGAUUCAUUUUCCUUAAUAUUCUUCCUUGAGUAUUAAUUAAUUCCUAUUCAUAUUUCAUAUUAAUAUUUUUGAACAUUACUUAAAGGAUCAACUAGUUUUGUUUCAAAUAUUAAUUAUUACUAGAAACGAUCAACGAACCGAUGGUUAAUCGUUGAUGGUUUCACAAGUAAGUAACUUCGGUUUAUUAAUGCACGGUCGUGGUUAGUAAACUUAAGAGGGAUUAAUUUUGUUGGUUAAACCGAAACCGUUGUGUUGAGGUUGUCAAUCUCAAUUGAUUUCAUCAAGGAGUUAAGAGAUUAAAUGCUACUAUCAAGUAGGUAUAUGGCGUUGUUCUAUACUUGACUAAUAGUAAGGGUUAUUAAUGAACGGUCGUUAUUAAUAACUUUCCUCGAUGAAUUGGAUAUACUCCUCGAUUGAGUAUUCGAGAGGAGAUAAGUUAUAGAUAUAACAAUGAUCGACUGAAAUAUAUCAACAAGUGGAAAGUAGCAAUGCCAAGUCCUUUUUAUCUUUGAUUUAAACCACGUAACUCGUUCAUCUUCGUAUUUAAUUUAAUUAAAUCACUCAAUCCCAAAACCCCCUUUUAUUUACUAGUUUAUAAAAAGAGAAUUAUUCCUUUCCCUGUGGAUACGAACUCUACUUCACUAUACUACGAAUUAGUGUUAGUAUUGAAUUUAUUUUGACGCACACACGACAAAGUGCACGUCAAAUUUGGCGCCGUUGCCGGGGAAAGGCAAUUAAUUUUUCUUUUUAUUUUAUUUAAAAAAAAAAAUAUUAUUUACAUAUAAAGAUUUCUAUUUCUUCAGAGCUUUAUAGUGUAUGGUUAAAUAUCGUUCUCUAAACGAGAUCACCUACCAAUCAAACCCAGAAAUAGAGCAAACUCUCGAGCGAUUGAAAAAUAAAUUCUCAAGUACCGACUCGGGAGAAUCAUCAAGUGCUAGUUCUCAUUCUAGCGAGCCCGAAGAGCCAACAACUAUGGCUCUUGAAACAAGAACAUUGAGGGAGCUCACGGCUCCUAACUUAAAUCAACAACCUCUAUGUAUCACCUUCCCCACUCUUGAUGAAGGUGCUACAUUUGAGCUCAAAUCGGGCCUUAUUCAUCUACUCCCUUCAUUUCAUGGCCUAAGGGGCGAGGAUGCAAACAAACAUCUUGCGGAGUUUCAUAUAGUUUGCACUAGUAUGAAACCAAAUAAUGUUACAGAAGAACAAAUCAAGCUGAGGGCCUUUCCAUUCUCACUGAAGGACACGGCUAAGGAUUGGCUAUUCUAUCUUCCCUCGGGAAGCAUAGAUACAUGGGCGGCAAUGAAGAAAUGCUUCCUAGAAAGGUACUACCCCGCCUCCAUCUCAUCAUCUUUGAAAAAACAAAUAAGCAACAUUAAUCAAAAAGAUGAUGAGACCUUAUAUGAAUAUUGGGAACGGUUCAAAAAGUUAUGUGCUAGCUGCCCUUAUCAUGGCUACACCGAGCAAGACCUCAUACUCUACUUUUAUGAUGGUCUUGUUGAUGAUGAUAGAAGAAUGGUGAAUGCCGCUUGUGGGGGCGGCAUUGUCAACAAAACUCCCUCACAAGCAACAAGCUUGAUCUCAGAGUUGGC